AUGUUACGAAAUUUUCCAUCACUUGUUCUACCUGAAAAUGUUCUUACGUUUGAAGGAGAAAAGUUUUUCAAGCUAGUUAAUCAAACAUGUGGAGAAGUUUUUAAAGAAUUGAUGGAAGCACUUUCGAUCAAUACUGUCUAUAAGUUACUUUUGGUUGAAAAUGAUAUUCUUUCUAUUUUUGAAAAAAAAUAUAAAGAAUUAGAAAACAUAACACAGAAAGCUUGUCUUCAUCUUAAUGAUGGUACUAUUAUGCUCAAGCCAGGGCUACGCUUGGACUUUGAUCGUUUUAUGCAAGCACUUCAUACCAUCAACAAUCAGACUCAGGAACAAACUGCCAACUUGAAUAAUGUUUUCUUUUCUUCAUUUCAAAAGUUCAUAGAAUCUUUUCGAUUAAAUGAAGAUGAGGAUUCAAAAAAUACUUAUUCUUUUCUCAUAAAUUUUAUUGAAAACAUUUUCAAUAACCUUACGAGAAACAAAAAUAACUAUCGAUAUAGUGAAGUGGUGCAACAUUUUGCCCAGUCAUUAUACAUUUUAGGCGGACGAAAUGUUUAUGAAUUUGUUCGAAUGAAUCUGCCAGGCGCUAUUCCCGCUAUAUAUACUUUAGAAGAUAGUAUUGGGAAAGCUGGUGGAUUUAUUGAAGAAGGUGCAUUUCGAUACGAUAUGCUUAACGAUCAUCAAAACUCAGGCGGCUAUCAAAUAGCCAUUUGUUCUGAAGAUUGCACUGCAGUUAUUAAAAAGGUCGUCUAUAAUGCUGCUACAAAUACAUUUACUGGGUUUUCGACCCCGCUAGUAAAUGGUAUUCCUGUUACUCGUUCUUUUCAAACAAAUUCAUUUGAUGAAUUGAAAGCUUGGUUUGAAAAUAAAGAUAGAGCAGAAUACCUAAAUAUUCAUAUGAUUCAGCCACUUGUAGCUUUUAAUCCAUAUUCGUCACCAUUUCUUUUGGCUGCAUAUGGUAUUAAUAAUAAUUUUAAAGCUACUGAUGUUCUUAACCGGUGGAUUUGGGCAUUUGAAAAAUCUAAAAAGUCGAAUGUUAGAAUUGUUGCAUUUGCAACUGAUUGUGAUCCUAGAUACCUCCUUUCAAUGCGUCUUGCUACAGGUUUCUUUGCAAAAUGUCUCAACACUUCGAUAUGUAAUAGAAACGAUGUACUAGACAUCGAUUUACCGAAAAACUGGUCGUUUUGGUUUUUCAUGCGAAAUCGACAGCUUUUUCUUUGCUUUCAGGAUCCAACACACUUGUGUACAAAACUCAGAAAUCGCAUCCUGUCAAAGAAAGCAAAAAUGCUAAUUGGAAAGGAACAAGUUUCUAUUGAAGUAUUGAUUGAAUUACUAGAAACUAAAUCAAAGUUUGUACAUGGUCUUGUUAAGACAGAUAUAGAAUCGAAAGAUCGGCAAAAUUUUACUUCCUGCCUAAAACUUUCAAGUAAUGAUGUACUCACUGCUCUAGAAGAUAUUAAUAAUUCUAAAGCUACUCAAGUUUAUUUACGGCUUUUACGCUCUAUUGUGAUCGCAUAUAUAGAGCAUGAUACAUCAAUCAUCGAUCGUAUUUAUCAUGGUUGGUUUGCAGUAUUUCUUUGUCGUAUCUGGCAAACUUGGUUGGGAAUAAUCGAUGAUACAUACAUUUUAGAAUAUGGUGCUAAUAAUAAAAAAGACUUGUUCAUAACAACUCCAGCCCAUUUUUCGAUCGAACUGAAUGCACAUAGUUUGCUUGCAGUUUGUCUUCUUGUAUCUCAACAAAAAUUACCUCAUUCGGCUCUAUCAAUAUCAAAUUACAGUUCUCAACCAUGCGAAGCUACUUUCAGACUCACCAGAUCGAUAUCUGGUGUGUUCUCGUCAGUAGUAAAUUUUACAACUGAUCAGUUUCUUAAAAGAGCUGGUAAACUUUCUGUUCUAACAGAUAUAGAGAAUAAAAGUGAAUCUGGGCUUCUAGAAUGUUCACUACAAUUUCCGAAGCAUCAUAAAAGAAGGAAAGCUAAUGCUAAGAAAACUUCAGCUUCUAAUAAAAUUGUAGAUCUUCCAUCAUAUGAUACUAUUGAAAAUAUUAUUCAUCGAUCUUUUAAUGAUGCAUAUAAUGUCCUUUCUCAACUCGAAAUGAAUACUGUUUUACAGAGAAAGAAAAAAACAACAAUAUUUGAAGUGAGCUCGUUUACACGAAGCCAAUUCGAAAAGAAAUCUAAAAUAGUUUCGUACGAUGAAUAUGAAAUUUAUUCAUCUGAUGAUGAGUCAAAUGAUGAACCUGAUGCUGAUGUCAAUUUAUCAUUGAAAGACGACGAGGAGAAUUCAUCUGAAGAUGAAGAUAAUUUAUCAUCUAUUUCAGCAAGUGGUAAAUGUCAAUUUCGUGGAAUGCGAGUGACAGAUACGAUUCCACCUUCAUUGUCGAAGUCUUAUUUUUGUGUUGAGAUUGAUAAAAAAAAGAAAUUUAUGCAUAAACAAACAGCUUGCUGGCUUUUGACUGAUAACAAAGCUGCUUUAUCUUCAGAUAGAUUAAUACGUGUUCAACAAUCAAAUCGGUAG